AUGUCCUUCACAGUCAAGCAAAUGCCCCAGCCGCGACCUCUCCGGGCGGAAGAUGGCCCGCUUGUGUUUGUCGAUCUGGAGAUGACAGGACUAGAGUUUAAACGGGAUGUGAUACUAGAAGUCGCUAUUAUUAUUACAAACGGGGAUCUAGAACGCGUCGACCAGCCGUUCAGCUAUGUGAUUCGUACAGAGAAGAAAAGACUGGACGAGAUGGACGAAUGGUGCACCAAGACCCAUGGAGAGUCCGGCUUGACCAAAGCCUGCAUAGAGUCUCCUUAUUCGCAUGAAUGGGUCGAAGCCAAAGCGCUCGAAUACAUAAAGAAAUGGGUUCCGGAGAAAUGGACAGGAGUGUUGGCAGGAAGCUCUGUUCAUGCGGAUAGGUCGGGUGUCCUUCUCAAGAAAUAUUCCAGACGCACUGAAUUAGAGUACAGGGCGUUCCUGGUCGAGCAUAUGCCAUCUAUCACGGAGUGGCUGCACUAUCGGCAGGCACAGAACGCGCUGGCUAAUCGGCGACAAGACGUUAGCACAGUCAAGGAGCUCAACAAAAGGUGGUAUCCUCACAUUUCUCGCAAGCCCGAAGACUAUCCAUCUAACGGUGUACAACAUCGAGCACUAGACGAUAUACAAGCAUCCAUUCGUGCUGUCGAGAUUGCCGAAAUUCAAGGCAACGCAUUUGUCUCUCCAUAUGCUGGGAAGGCGGUCACUAGUGUGACUGGGCUCGUGACUGCCAACUCUUCCUCUGGAUUCUAUCUUUCUGCGACUAACUCGAGCUCCCCAUAUGGAAAUGGCCUUUAUGUCUACACGACCAGCAAGACGGUCUUGAGUCAGGUUGCCGUCGGAGAUAUUGUCAGUCUCGGAGGAAAAAUCACCUCUUACCGAAGUAAUGCGGCAUACAUCUAUCUCACGGAGCUCACAUCACCCACCAAUAUCACCAAGUUGUCUUCUGGUAAUGCAGUGACUCCUGUACUAUUGGGCAAGGACGGCCUGCAUCCUCCUACGCAACAGUUUACAUCGUUGGAUGUAGGAGGCCCUCUCAGCGUUCCAAACAACGUCACCCAAGUGUCGGUAUCUAACCCGACGCUCAAUCCUGACAAGUAUGCUCUCGACUUUUGGCAAGCUUUGUCCGGCCAAAUCGUCAAAGUUACCAACCCUGUCGCCAUCUCCUACCCCAACUCUUACAAGGAUUUCUGGAUCAGGGGAGACUGGCCCGUAACGGGCCUAAACUCUCGCGGAGGCUUGACCAUCACAAAGGGAGACGACGGACUCCCUGAUCUUAACCCUGAAACUGUGGUCAUUGGUGCUCCUCUAGACGGAACGAAGAACCCCGAUGUCUGGAUGGGAACCACCGUCACUGAUAUUGUUGGUGUCGUUACGAACACGUUUGGAUUCUACACUAUUCUACCACUGACCGCGCCACAAGUCAUUGCACACAAUAACACCCUGCAAGGACCAACCACCUUGACCAUCCCCGCUGACGAUGCCAACUGCACUCUCACCUUUGGCGACUACAACGUGGAGAACAUGACUUUUAAUUCGACACAUCUGCCGCUUGCCGCCUCUCAGAUUGGGGACUAUCUCAAAAGUCCCGACCUAGUGUUCCUCCAAGAAAUCCAGGACGAUACUGGUCCAACAGAUGAUGGUGUCGUGAGCUCGAACAAGACGCUGCAGACCUUUGUCGACGCCAUCUCGGCUCACAGCGGAGAUAAAUACAGCUUUGCGUAUAUUGCACCCUCUAAUGACCAAGAUGGAGGUCAGCCGGGAGGCAACAUUCGACCCGCUUUCCUGUACAAGGCAGAUCGUCUGCAACUUGUCAAUCCAAAUUAUGGAAGCGCGACUGACAAGACCGAAGCCGUCAAUAACAAUGGAACUGUUGGACUGACGUUCAAUCCCGGUCGUAUUGACCCAACGAAUACUGCCUGGGAGGCCACUCGCAAACCACUCGUCGCACUAUUCAAAAGCAUUCCUGCCGGCGAGGACAUUUUUGCCAUCAAUGUUCACAUGUCGUCAAAAGGUGGUUCCAGUUCUAUCCAUGGAGAUGCUCGUCCGCCGGUUAAUGGUGUCGUCGACAAACGCAUUGCACAAGUCAAGCUUUUGGCUGAUUUUGUGGGCUCAAUCCUUAGUAUCAACGCGAACGCAUCCAUCAUUGCUUCUGGAGACUUUAACGAGUACGGACAAACGGGUGCUGUCUUUGAUUCUCUCCGUGCACAUCUUCAAGACAUUGACGAGGCUGCUGGCGUGCCACCCGUCGAGCGUUAUACCUAUGUCUUUGACAUGAACUCUCAGCAGCUUGACCAUGCUUUCAUUAGCCCCAAACUCCAGAAAGGUGCCGAAGUCGAGCAUCUGCAUAUCAACAACUGGGUCAAAUAUAGCGCACGUACCUCGGACCACGAUCCAUCUGUCUCGAGAGUCAAGAUCUGCACGCCCCGUGUCGAUCCACCGACGCCUCCCACCCCGACGUGUACCACACGCCAAAUCGGGAACUGGUGUGCGGCAAGACUCCCGACGUUCAAUAACUUUUCUACUUGCACAGCGUCUGCACUUCAAUGCUGGAACAAUAGUUGGGCUUGCUACAAGUCUGUCGCCUUUCCAGCCAACGCGGAAUGCGCCAGCUAUCAGGUCCAAUGUGCAGAAGAUUCUGCGUAUUGUAUCAAGUGCUUGACGGGCAAAUGCGGGCCUUCCUUUCCGUAA